ACCGUGAGUUUCCACAUUUCAGAAGAGUGAACCAAGUAGAGAGUUUUGGUUUUAAUGAGGUGACCAGCCCAUGAGUACUUCUCCCUGCCAAAGACGGGCUGAAGUGCUGAAGCCUCGGCGUGUCAGUCCAUUGUUCUGUUCACCUUCCAAAGGUGAAGUUGUGCUCAGAGAUUCCCUGCUGACACAGAAAUGAACCUGCCGUCUAAACAAGAGUGCGAGGGCUGGGACCAGGCUCAAAUGGCUUCUUUUAUGUUCAAGAAUAAAAUGCCAGAAUGUGCAGCCACCAUAAACAGACAUAAAAUCACUGGAAGAAGAUUCCUGAAUCUAUCAGAGAGUGACCUCAGCAAGUUUAGUCUCAUUUACCAACCGCAGCUGCAGAAGAUGGUUCAAGACAUUAGGAAAAAUGAUGGCAGCUUGCUGGAUAAACUCAGAAGGCUGAAAAACAAGCCGCUCCCAAACCCGCCUGCAAGAGACUACAAAGAUGAUAUCAGGGAAGGGAAUCAUAUGUGUGAUCCAGACUAUGACAAUGACAUGGAUACGGAUCUACCUGAUGAUGACAACUAUGAACCACCCCCGAGUCACAGAGUGUUAAUCCCAACUCCAACUACCUUACCGAGGGGAGAGUAUAUUGACAGCUUCCAAAACCCACCAAGCCGGCCACCGAGAACCCCAAUCAGGCCAAGCAAGUCCUCCCAGCAGUUGCACCCGGAGCGCCCUGAGAGUGUUGAUGAUGAAAAAGAUAUGUAUAUUCAUCCAGAUGCCAGUAAUGAAGAGGACAACUAUGUCGAACCAGACCGGACCCAAACUUGUGGUAUGACUCUUUGAGUGAACAGAUCAAACUGUUAAUACAGGAGUUAACAUCAACAUCAGCUGUGUUAUAAAAUGAAAACUCAUCAAAUUUAAAUCCUGAAUAUAUAGUUGCAAAAAUUAUAAGGUUAAAAAAAAAUUCACAGAAGUUGAGCGUAAAAAUAAAAAAAAGAAAAA